CUAAUUUACGCACCCACUGUAGAAGUUGGGCUUUCCAACAUUAGCCAGCUAGCUAACGCUCAACCUAACUGCGAACCGCUACAGGAGUUUUUGUAAAAACAAACAAACAAAAAACCGUGGUUAUUUUCCUAGACGCAGUUCGGCAUCAUGAGUAGGUGACCCGCGUGUCCUCUGGUAGGACGGAGGACACCUGACAUGCCCGGGACGCACAGCAGGGGAAAGCAGGAUGCUGCGGUGCAGGGCACCAAUGACAGCAGUGUGGUCAGUAAGGUGUCGGCAGCAACACAGGGCUACUUCCACGAUGAGUUCCUCCAACAUUUUGUGUGCAAGUCACUACGAAGAGCUCCUCUUAUCAAUAGGGGCUACUAUGUUCGCUGGAAAGCAGUUGACCACUGUGUAAAACAGUUUCUGCACGUCACGGACAGCUGCUCUAGAAGGCAGAUCCUGUCUCUAGGUGCGGGAUUUGACUCCCUCUACUUCCGCCUGCACGCCGAAAAAGCUUUGCAGCGGGCUGUCGUAUUUGAGGUGGACUUCCCCGAUGUCUCCAGACGCAAAGCUGCCCUGAUCCGUGGCAGCAGCCGUUUGAAAGAUGCCCUUUCAGACUGGGACCUGUCAUCUCAGACUGACUCAGCUGCAGGUCCUGUGUAUGUGAGCAGUGCUCAGUAUAACCUUUUGGGUCUGGAUCUGAGGAAUGGGAGAAUGGCGGAGGAGGUUUUGCGUGUAGCCGGGCUGCAGCACAACAUCCCCUCCCUCGUUCUCUCUGAGGUGGUGCUCACGUAUAUGGAAACAAGUUGGUCAGAUGCCGUGAUUGGCUGGGUAGCAGGAAUCCUCCCACAGGCUUUGUUUGUAAUGUAUGAGCAAAUAUGUCCAGAUGACCCUUUCGGCAAGGUCAUGCAGAGCCACUUCCUGAAGCUCAACUCCAAAAUACACGCCCUCUGCCAGUAUCCAGACACUGCUGCUCAGACCCAGAGGUUCUUGCAGAAGGGUUGGGACAAAUCUGUAUGCAUGGACAUGAACCAGUUCUACUUCAGCCUAGCGGAGGUCGAGAGGGAGAGGAUGGAGAAGCUGGAGCCUUUUGAUGAAUUCGAGGAGUGGCAUCAGAAAUGCUCGCACUACUUCAUCCUUACUGCCUCGAAAGGCCCUCUGACCAGUCCAGCACUCCUCAGUCCAGCUACAGAGUCCCCCAUUCCGCGGAUGGUACCCAAGCUGGAGGCUAUAUCUGUGGCAGCGCGGCCUAUAGCUGGGACUCCGUGUGUGGAGGGGGCUGGGAUGGCCUCCACCCUGCUGGAGCCGAGCCUCCUGCUUCUCACGGGGGGCUACGGGAGAGGAGGCCGCAACACCGGAGCCGUGGCUCUGAUCAGAGGCGAGGCCGGCUGGAGAUGUGCCCUUGCGGAGCUGAAUGGAGAGAGAGAUGUGCGAAUGUAUCACACACUGACCUCUGUUCCUGGCUGGGGUGCAGUAGUUAUAGGGGGUAGAACCUCUCCACGUAACCCCAUUGACAGCAUACUGCGUAUCACCCAUUGCCUGAGCGAUGAGCAUGAUCCCAAAACCAUGCAGCUGUCUGUGGAGAAGAUGGUCUGUACUGGCGAAGGCCCAAAAGCAAGAUGGCGGCAUACAACUACUUUGCUGAGUCAGGGAGACAGGAACCUUUUAUUUGUGUUCGGGGGCCACACAGAAAGGGAGUCUGUUCUUGGUGAUGCCCAUUUCCUGUGUUUGGAGAAGCAGCAUUGGAUGGAUAUACCUGUUGAAGGCAGCUUUCCAGAGCCUCGGCAUUCCCACUCUGCGUGCGCCUGUGGAGAAGGUCUGGUGAUGUUUGGAGGUUUGGGUGGAGGUGGCGUUCCUCUGGGAGAUGCUGUCCUCCUGAAACCCACCCCUGCAGGCUUCUGCUGGGAGAGGCUGCAUUUACAGCCAGCGCUGGUCCCAAGGUAUUCCCAUUCAGCCCACGUGAUUGGUGAAAAUUUGGUGGUAGUAGGUGGGGUUUGGCUACAGGCAGACAGGGUGCCAGGAGUCGCUGUAAUAAACCUGGCCACUGGAGGCAGUAUUGAAGUCAGUAUCGACACGUCGUCUGUCCCCUGGCCUCUCAUGCUGCAUUCGUUCUGCUCAGAGCUGCUAGACCCAGAUGGCGCUGAGCUGGUUCUAAUAGGCGGUGGAGGGAACUGCUUUUCUUUUGGGAUGCACCUCAAUGCCCACCCUGUUAUUCUGGACCUGAGGCCUGUGCUUCAGAACUCAACCCAGUUACUACAUUGUGUAAGAGAACCUCUGGACCCUGCUGAUUAUUUCCCCUGGAUGGAUCUUCUACCUUCAUACUAAAAGCUAUGAAGACCAUGCCGUGAAGACCAAAUUCACACACUCAAAUUCAUCUUUGACCCCACUGACUUGCCAAGCAGACUUUAUCUUAACCAAGACUUCAUAUGACAUCAUAGCCAAAAGGUUAUAAUAUGGGAUGGGGCUUUAACUAGUUGUUGUUGUUUGCAGAGGCCCAGUGGAUAUUGGAGGGCAAAUGUGUGGUGAAGGAUUACUCACUGAGGCAGCAAAAGGACUGGACGGCCGGUCGAACUCGCCUUUCUCUAGGAAGCACUGGCAGCCGUGGUAGUUGGUGUGUUCGCAGAAGACCCGGUAGCCGUCCAGGACCUGGGAGGACUGCACCUCCCUCAGGAGGCGCAAUCCUCGGUGGUCCCAAAGGCCUGGCCCGCAAAGUCCGCCAUGUCAUACAGCUGCAUCUUAUGCGGGGUUCCACUCGUCUGCCCAAGUCAAAGGCAGGAAGGCGGUAGAGGCAAAGGGGUUGGGAUUGGAGAAGUGUGGGGACAUAAGAAGGAACUGGAAGGAAGGACAUGGAAGUGUUUCCGGACCAUGCACCCAAAUUCCCUCUUGAACUGUUGAAUUCAAGGAUUUCACUCGGGAUACAAAAAUGCUACUCCCUAUGGCCUUACAAUCCUUUUAUAAUCAUUAUUUUUAUUCUAUUGAAUCCAAAUUUAAUAAAGUAGUAUUUCACAUGUAA